AUGGGUUAGUUUGUUUUUUCUUUGCUUGAUAUAAUGUUGUUCGUUAUAUUUUGAUAAAUGAUAACAAAAUUUGAUAUUUUUACAACUGUUCAGAAGAUCAGAAGAUUUCGAAAUCAGAGUUCAAAAUAAUUGCGUUUUUCUGAUCUUCCUGGAAAAUUUUUCGGAAAACUUUACUAUUACGAAAUUCACAAUGAAAACAAAAUCUUUGUGAGAAACUCUAGACGUUCCGGACGCUCAAAAAGCUCCUUUUACUAUGAUUUAGAGGCAAUUUUCUUUUUUUUUCGAGAACACUUUUUCGAGAGAGAAAAUUUUCCAGAAGAAAAUUUGUUGACAUAUUUACCCAAUGACUCGGAAAGAUAAGAAAAUGUCAGAAAAAACUAGAAAAUUUUUUUUACCGAUUUUUUUCAGGCAAAAAAUGCGACGUGUGUCGCAAGAAAUGCUCCGGAGACGUCUUGAAGGCAAAUGACAAAUAUUUUCACAUCAAUUGUUUUCAAUGUAAAAGUAAGUUUUACCGCCCCAAAACUCCUCAAAACAAAACAAAAACCAACUAGUUCACUUUGACAAUUUGGGAUUAGUUGAAAAAGGGAUUUGUAACACACAAAAAAGGAGAAGAAGAGAAGAGUUUUGUUGAAAAUUUUUGGAGCAACAAAAAAGCGGGGAAGAGGAUGAAUUUUUUUGCUUUGGGGGGAAGUUUUUAUGGGUUGUGGUGUUUCUCUGAACUUGAACUUGAGCAGCAAUUUUGGAAAAUCAAAUAGAGCAAAAAUUAUGCGAGAUAGAUGAUAUAAUUCAAACAAACAAUCUAUUACAUAUGUUAGUGUGUGUAUUUGUUUUUCGGAAAAAUAGGGCAAACAUUCCAAAUAUUGACAUUUUCAAAAUGUACAUACCUACAUUCACUUAUUUAUUAUUUUAUAAGGGUAUCAGGAAAUUGGUUUCAAAAUUAUAGAACCUAUAUUUUUUGAUAGGUUAUGGAUAAAAAAGAUCUGUAACUGGGCAGUUGAAUUAUUAUGAUUCAGAUGAAGAUAAGAUCUCUGAAAUACAUAAUUUUGAAAGUAGAAAAGAUAUUUCUAAAAUGUUUGGACUCGGUAGAAAUUCAAUUUCAGAUAACAGAAAAAAGUUUAGAAUAUUGAUUUGUUGAACACAAGUUUUUUUUUCAAAUUCUGAACAAAGAGUUAAAAUUUCUGAGAGGUCAGAUCUUCUAAUCCUAUGAAAAUUAUGAAAAAUCACUUCCCUGAUUCUAGUUUAACUUCAAACUAUAAUAUCGAAACAAACAUUCAGAAAAAAAUUCAUGUUCUUUCUCUCUCAACCCCAUUUUUUUCAGAAUGUGGAAGAAAUCUAGGAGAAACGGGAUUCUACACCACCGCAGAUAAUGCCUAUCUAUGUCCCGACGAUUUCCGGGCUGUCUCAAAAGAGCUGACAGUAAAGACGACGCAACCACUUCACGCUGCCACGUCAUCGUCAGCAACGCCAAAAUCGCCUGAACGAUCAAAUGGCACAACUGACAAUAUUUCAUCGAGUAUGGCGAUCAAUACAACACUCCAACAAAUUUCACCACUUGGAUCACCUACAAGUUUGUUUCUUUUUCUCCCAAAAAGUAUUUUUUUGGUAUUGAAAAAAAAACCCCAUUCAGUUCUGGAAAAAUGACGAUGAUUGGUUUUGAUUUGACCUUGGUUUGGGAAAAGAGAAAAAUAUUUAUUGUUGAUUUUUUUAUUGUUUUCAAUUAUGAUUGAGGGAAAUUUUAUGAUAUGAUAAGAAAAAAUUGACAACCAACAUGUUUUUUUCAAUUUCUAGACGGUUCAAAAUGCAAUCUGAAAAUUUUUGAGUUAGGGGUUGUGGGAACAUUUUGAAAAAAAUCGAGAGAAAUGAUUUUUGAGAAUUUUGAAAAUAUGUUUUUUUUUAGAAAACUGAUCUACAAAAAAUAUUUCUCAACUCCCAGAAAUCAGAAAUUGUCUAGAGUAAUAAGUCUACAGUAACCCGGUUCCAAAAGUAGUAAACUGCUAAUUAUUUAUUCGAUUAGGGGUUCAAACCGAAUCCUUUUAAGAACUUAAAAGCAACUUAAAAGUAAUUUUAUUUUAUAAUUAGUCAUUUACUGUGGUUUUUCGCUAAAAAUGAAGUUAUUUGGUAAAUAUUUUCAAAUUCAUUUUUUUUAUUCAAAAAAUAUCGAUUUUUCUAUUGAAAAUAAUAUCGAUUUUUCUUUUGAAAAUAAUAUUUUUUGUAGAUCAAACUCCAAAUCUAGAAAUUUUUGAACAUUGAGAUAUUCUAAUUUAUUCUGAAUGUGAGAAGCCAUGCACUAAUUGGUGAUGAAUUUGAUGUUUCGUAGAUUCACAAUCUUGAUCAAAAAUAGAAAACACAAAAAAUGACUGAUAGCUGUCACUUUUUUAAAAAUACUUUUUAAUCAGGAAAAUUUUAAACCACAAUAAUCCCUUUCAAAUUUUCUAGAUAAAUAACAAAAAAUCAAUAUUGUAGAUUCAAAAUUGAAAUUUUUGCAGCAUGUGCCGCUUGCGAUCAAGCGCUUCAUUCGGGUCAAGUAUUACUGGCAUUAGGUCUUUCCUGGCACGUGUACUGUUUCAAAUGCACAGAAUGUUCGGCCGUUUUACACGGUGAAUACAUGUCGCACAACGGUAAACCAUUGUGUCUUCGCGAUUAUAAUGAAAAAUUCGGUGUCAAAUGUUACGAGUGUGAGAAGUUCAUCGCCGGCAAAGUGCUUCAGGUAAAUAUAUAUUUGAUUUUUGUUUUUUACAGCAAUAGAUUUGUGAUGAAGUUGAGAAAAAACGUGAAUAAAAAAGAAGAGAAAUGAAAAAUCAGUGACCAAGAGUAAUAAUAACUUCCUCUGCGUAACCAAAUUCAAUUCUCGAAAAGCAAGGAAAAAUUCAAUUUUUCCGAAAACAUUUUUUACGCCUUUUUUUUCGUUGAAAGAAACAUUUUCAUUCUCUCAGGCCGGUGGCUACAAAUUCCAUCCAACGUGUGCUCGUUGCUCAAGAUGUGGUACUCAUUUUGGAGACGGUGAAGAAAUGUAUAUGCAAGGUGACGAGAUUUGGCAUCCAAGUUGUGAACAUGCGAGAACAACUGAAAAUAUUGCUGUAAGUUUUCUGAAUAUCGAGAGAAAUAUUGUCAUUUUUAGAAGAAGUCAUAAAUUAAUCAAAAAUGAAUUUCCAGCCGACUGGACGUGCUGCCACAUUAUCUCGAAAUGAGCCGAAAUAUCAAACAACAUUCGGACAACAUUUGGCAUAUAUGUAUCUUCUUCCUGAAGUUGAGCAAACUUAUUUGCGGCACCCUGCGUCAAAUGUGAAAGAGCCAAAUGCUCCACAAUAUCAUGUGCCACAAGGACCCAUCAAAAUCAGAAAAUCUCGAUUAUCCAUGUUGAAAACUGGAAUGCAACGGCUGAGUUAGUAAAGAAAUUAGGUUAAUUAUAUGAACAUGCUUUUUUCCAGCUGAGGAUUUGGAGAAAAAUGUUCCACGACCAAAAUCGCCACAUAUGGACAAUGAGGAGCCGAUUGAAUUAGCGCAUUAUCCAGCUGCGCAAGUACCAGAUCCAGAUAAGGUUUGGGUUAUUUUUAGAUUAUUCUUCUAAUUAAAUUAUUUUUUUUCUUGCAGCUUCCGGCAAUUGAGCGCGAAGAUUUCCCAGCUCCACCAUAUCCAUAUGCUGUUGAAGAAUUGAAAAGAAGAUUGUCAACAUCGUCAAUUGAAAAUGAGAUUUCAGAUGAUGAUUUGUCUGAAAGUGACAAGUAUGAUGAGGAUAAAUUGAAGAAAACCGUUGAAACACUUGAAAAAUAUAAUGAUUCAUCACUUGCUCAUGUUAUUAAACAAAACAUUGAAGACAGUCACAAGAAGCAAAGGUAUAUUCAUAUUCAUUUCGAAAUUUUGAAAAAUCUCAAAUUUCCAGAUUACCACUUCAUUGGGAUCCACGUAAUGCGAGUCGCACACCAUCUGGCAAAAAGAUGCCGCACUUAAAGUUCCGUUAUGAUGUGCCAAUUAAUGCAUGUGAGUUUUGUCGUUUGUUUAACAGAGAAAUGUUGGUCCCCCUCUUUUUUCUCGACAUUUCAAGGGUUCAAAUGAGCACAUUCUGCAGACCCCCAAAAUCUGCUCCUCUUUAAUCAAAUUGUUGUUCUUUUGAAAAGUGCAUUUUGUUGAAUGAGCCGGGCAAAAAAGAAUGGGAAAAUUUGGGAAACGACGGCAAAUUGAACAACUUGUUCGUUCUUUCCGGAUAUGUAUACUGACACCCUAAAAAUAGAUAGACAAUGUAUUUUUUUUGAAAAGGAAGAAAGAAAAGUUGAGCAGAAAAUUGGAGUGAUCGAGAACUCUGAAGUUGAAUGAAAAAGAAAACGUUGAAAAUCCGAAACUCUUCAAAUAUUUUCUGAAAACAAUUAAGGUUCAAAGAAAGAAAUCAUCCUAAUUUUAAAUUUCUAUUUUUCAAAUUGAAAAGUGUUCCGAUUUCCGAUAAUCAUUUCAAUGAAUAUUCCAGAUUUCUUGAAUGAAAAAUAUUGAUUCGAACAUCUGAAAAUUUCUUUUUAGCAUCGAUUAUCCUUUUCCAAAACCCUAUUUUUCCUAACGCGAAAAAUUUUAAAUCAUAUCCAACUAUAUAUAUUUUUCCAGCUCCAUCUCGUCAUUUGAAUCGACCACGACCAUGGGUUGUUUGGCAAGGCGGUGAACGUGAACAAGGCCUCAACACUUUGCCAUGCUUCCACAUUCCAGACAGUCGAGCCAACACAUUGAGAGCCGCCACACUUCCAACAGAAUUCGGCCAGAAUUUAUCAUUGGAUAAUUUGGACACCACAAUUAGCAGCCAUUAUUCAGAACGUAAGAAAUUUAUUUUCUUGAAGAAAAUUUAAGACUCUUUGGGGAAUUGUUGCAAUUUAUUGUUUUUUUUUCUUCAAAACACAUCUAUGAAAAAAAAAUGUUUUUCAGAUUCGAUGACUGAAUCCGGAACAACUGGUGGACCACGAUCUGUUGGCGGAGCUGCUCUCCGAUCAUCUCUUCCAGACAUGAGCAAACCUGUGAAACAAUAUGAUCUUGUUAUUCUUCAAACUACCAACAAAGAUUUGCCAGAGGAUGUUGAUAGGUAAUUAAUUAAUUAAUUAUUUAAAAGAAUUUUUUGAAAUCCAUUAUUUUCAGACAACAUUUGGAACGACACUUGAAACGCGACACAUUUGAGGAGCUCUUCAAAAUGUCACCAAUUGAAUUCUACAAACUUCCUGAAUGGAAACGAAUCAAUUUGAAACGAAAGCACAAACUCUUCUAA